AUGAAGAUGGGACACGCUGCGACCUUACCCUGCAGAAAAGGUGGUACGUAUGUCACUGAGCUUCAUGAAUGGUUCAGGAAAUUUCUGAAUGAGUGUCCCAGUGGACAGAUCACCCUCCAUGAGUUCAGGCGUCACUUCUGCAAUGGCACUGUGGGAAAAGAGUCGGCGGAGUACGCGGAGCAGAUAUUCCGCACGCUGGAUAACAAUGAGGAUGGGGUUGUGGACUUCAGAGAGUAUGUGACAGCUAUCAGUAUGCUUAUUGAGGGCUCAACAGUGGAAAAGCUUCGCUGGUCCUUUAAACUCUAUGACAAAGACAAAGAUGGAGCCAUAACACGGUCAGAGAUGCUUGAAAUCAUGCAGGCUGUGUACAAAAUGAGUGUAGCAGCAUCAUUGACCAAACCUGAUCCAUUGACUGCUGAAGAGUGCACUAAUAGGAUAUUUCAACGGCUGGACAAAGAUAACAAUGCUGUCAUCAGUCAAGAGGAAUUCAUUGAAGGGGCAUUGAAUGACGAAUGGAUCAGAGAAAUGCUGGAGUGUGAUCCAAACACAGUGAAGAUGGAGAGGCCUCUAAAAGGGCACACAGUUCUCUAAAGCAGGGGUUUGCCAACAUAGGAAAAACAAAAAAGUUUCUUUUUUUUUAUUGAUUAGUUUUAUUUUUAUUGUCAUUUUAUUAAUGACAUGUAAGUUUCAUUGCAAAAUAAUUUAUGAUAUAUCAUAUCAAAUCAUGGUCACUGCCAGAGAUAAAAACAUAAAUUGUCAAUUUACUGUAUUUUCACUACUGCUGAUGUAUCAUGAAUUGAUACAAUAUAACAAUAACAACGAUAUGCAUUAUGUUUUUAUUUUAACUCAAUGUAUAGGAAGUUAUUAUUUGUAAAUCAGUAAUUCAACUUUGCUUGUCUAUACAUUUUACUCAUGCCAUUGUGCUUACAUGAAAACUCUAAAUAGUUGUUUUAAUAGCAUAUUAAUUUAAAGCUGUUUUCAGUAUGCCAUGUCAAAAGCUGUCAGUCACUGGAAAGAAGCUACUGGGUACGG